GGUUGCUUCCGCUGUAGCUGCCGUCAGGUAACUUGACCUGCCAGGCUCCUUUUAUUUUGAAAUGGUGGACUCUGCUCGCUCAGAGAAAAUCGCUCCGCGGUUUGAUUUCACGGAAGAUGCUGAAGAAACGGGAGCUGUUGCUUUCCGAGAGACAACCUUCCAGUGAUGAUGAGACCAUGGUCCCAGUACUAACCUCCAGAAAAGCCAGUGAACUCCCGGUCAAUGAAGUAGUGUGUAUCCUGCAGGCUGACCAGCAGUUGGGUUUGACCCAGGAGGAGGUGAGCCGGAGGAGGGUGUACCACGGCUGGAACGAGUUCGACAUCAGCGAAGAGGAGCCGCUAUGGAAGAAAUACAUCUCACAGUUCAAAGAUCCUCUCAUCCUGCUAUUGCUGGCGUCAGCGGUCAUCAGCGUCCUCAUGCACCAGUUUGAUGACGCCAUCAGCAUCACAGUGGCCAUCAUCAUCGUCGUGACAGUUGCCUUUGUCCAGGAGUAUCGUUCAGAGAAGUCUUUAGAGGAGCUCGGGAAGCUGGUACCUCCAGAAUGUCACUGUGUCAGGGAGGGAAACCUGGAGCACAUGCUGGCCAGAGAGCUGGUUCCUGGAGACACCGUCUGCCUGUCGGUGGGGGAGAGAGUCCCAGCAGACCUCCGCCUCUUUGAGGCGACCGAUCUGUCUGUGGAUGAGUCCAGCCUGACGGGGGAGACUACCCCCUGCUCCAAAUCCACCUACCACCAGCCGGCAUCCACCAAUGGAGACAUCGCCUCCCGUAGCAACAUCGCCUUUAUGGGGACGCUGGUACGCUGCGGUAAAGCCAAGGGCAUCGUCAUUGGAACCGGUGAGAACUCAGAGUUCGGGGAGGUGUUCAAGAUGAUGCAGGCCGAGGAGGCUCCAAAGACUCCGUUGCAGAAGAGCAUGGACCUGCUGGGGAAGCAGCUGUCGCUUUACUCUUUCGGCAUCAUCGGGGUCAUCAUGCUGGUGGGCUGGCUGCAGGGGAAGAGGAUCAUGGACAUGUUCACCAUCGGAGUCAGUCUGGCGGUCGCUGCCAUCCCAGAGGGUUUACCCAUCGUGGUGACGGUGACGCUGGCACUCGGCGUGAUGCGAAUGGUGAAGAAGAGAGCCAUCGUCAAGAAGCUUCCCAUCGUAGAAACUCUGGGCUGCUGUAAUGUGAUCUGCUCAGACAAGACGGGAACUCUGACCAAGAACGAGAUGACCGUCACUCAGCUGUUCACGUCGGACGGACUCCAUGCUGAGGUGACGGGUGUCGGCUACAACGGAGCCGGAGAGGUUUUACUAGACGGAGAGGUCAUUCACGGCUUCUCCUGCCCUUCAAUCAGCAAAAUUGUAGAGGUUGGCUGUGUGUGCAACGAUUCGAUCAUCAGGAAUCGAAACCUGCUGGGUCGACCCACUGAGGGAGCGCUCAUCGCCCUCGCCAUGAAGAUGGGCCUGGAGAGCCUGCAGCAGGAGUACGUCCGUCUGGAGGAGAAUCCGUUCACGUCAGAGCAGAAAUGGAUGGCAGUUCGCUGUGUUCACCGCACCCAGCAGGAUAAAGCUGGGGUUUACUUCAUGAAGGGAGCCUAUGAGCAGGUGAUUCGCUUCUGCAGCUCGUACAACAGCAGAGGAUCCACGCUUCCCCUGAACCACCAGCAGAGGGAGCUGUACCAGCAGCAGAUCAGCUACAUGGGCACCGCUGGGCUCAGAGUGCUGGCGUUUGCGGCGGGAUCUGAGGUGGGGAACCUCACCUUCCUGGGUCUGGUGGGCAUGAUCGACCCUCCAAGGUCGGGGGUCAAAGAGGCCGUCGGCACGCUCAUCAGCUCCGGAGUCGCCAUCAAGAUGAUCACUGGAGACUCCCAGGAGACCGCCGUGUCUAUAGCCAGUCGUCUGGGUCUGUACUCUAAAGGAUGUCAGUGUUUGUCCGGAGACGAGGUGGAUCAGCUGGACCUGCAGCAGCUCUCCCAGAUCGUCCCCAGAAUAGCUGUGUUUUAUCGAGCCAGUCCCAGACACAAGCUGAAGAUUGUCAAGUCGCUGCAGAACAUCGGCGCCGUGGUCGCCAUGACGGGUGACGGGGUGAACGACGCCGUGGCUCUGAAGGCCGCCGAUAUCGGAGUGGCGAUGGGCCAGACGGGCACCGACGUCUGCAAGGAGGCGGCCGACAUGAUCCUGGUUGACGACGACUUCCAGACCAUUAUGUCGGCCAUUGAGGAGGGAAAAGGAAUCUACAACAACAUCAAAAAUUUUGUUCGCUUCCAGCUGAGCACGAGUAUUGCAGCAUUGACACUCAUCUCCUUGGCAACGCUGAUGAACUUCCCCAACCCACUGAAUGCCAUGCAGAUCCUGUGGAUCAACAUCAUCAUGGACGGACCUCCAGCUCAAAGUCUGGGUGUGGAGCCUGUGGACCGAGACGUGAUCAGGAAACCUCCCCGUAACGUCAGAGACAGCAUCAUCACCCGAAGCCUCAUCGUCAAAGUGCUGGUGUCAGCGCUCAUCAUCGUCUGCGGGACGCUGUUCGUCUUCUGGAGAGAGUUGCAGGACAAUGUCAUCACUCCUCGAGACACCACCAUGACCUUCACCUGCUUCGUCUUCUUCGACAUGUUCAACGCUCUGAGCUCACGUUCUCAGACUCGUAUGGUCCAUGAGAUGGGACUGUGCAGCAACAGGACAUUCUGUUACGCUGUCCUGGCUUCCAUCAUGGGUCAGCUGCUCGUCAUCUACUUCCCUCCUCUGCAGAACGUCUUCCAGACGGAGAGUCUCAGCAUCUUCGACCUGCUGUUCCUGGUCUCCCUCACCUCCUCCGUCUGCGUCGUGUCCGAGGCCAUUAAGAAGGUGGAGAGGUGGAGGGGAGUCGAGCGGAGCCCCCCCAACGACUGCUUCAACGAGGUAUGACCCGACCACCGUCCGAGCCGGAGGACGAUGAAGGUGACGUUUCAGGAUCUCACACCUGAUGGCACUGACUCACUAAGACUGCAAAGACUUUCCUGUGAGAUCCUCAGAUGGAGGAGAAACUCUGGUCUGAGACUGGAGGACGCUGCUGGCUUCGGGACGAGGGGACGGAGGGGGACUGGACUUUAAACUGUUGAAGACAUGAUGUGCUGCCGGGAGGUCCGACCCGGUGCUCGGCAUCUUUACCUCCACAGUUUGAACCCCACUUUGGGGAAACAUCCGUGGUCCGACCACGCCUUCCUGUCGGGACGCGGCUCAAUAUUUAGGAUGAGAAAUCAGACGUGUGCAAUUCUUGGUGUCCUCCAGUCGUCUUUUUAUAAUCUGACAUUUAGAAGGUGUUGACCACUACGCAGCUUGCUUUUCACGGUGGAACAUGGUAACUUUAAACUCGCAGGACGGCUUGUUUUAAUCCCUCUAUGGGUGUGCUUAAAGUACAGGGUGGAGGUGUAAUGGUACAAAGCUGAAAUGUUUAAUUUGUUUUAAUUUCGCUCAAAGUUAACACUUACAGAGACAUAUGGGUCUGAAGGAACAAAAGAUUUACGAUAAUUUAAAGAAAACGCGUUAACAGGGUACGUUAACCUGUUAACACAUUAAUGUGCUCAACCCUAAUAUAUAUAUUUAUUCAUCUAUCUGUCUGAAAUCUGGUGCUUCUGAAGACAUUCAGCCCUUCUCUUGAAAUGCUUGAGGAGUGAGAGAAAGGGAAAGCAUUUCUUCUGAAAGGCUGCACAAAUAUCAAUAUAAUUUUUUGCUCCCUAAAAUUGAAAUCGGCCCCCUCAAGAGAUUCUUUAUCAGUUGAGCUCUGGUAUGUAAACAUAAUUUCAGGGAAACAGGGUUAUUAGGAUUGAUCCUCGGGCAAUUAUGAAUGAAAUUUUAUGUCAAUCUUUCCACUAGUUGACGUAGUUGCACCGUUAACAUCCCCAGCCCUAGUCAUAAAGGAACAUUCCAUAUUACUUUCAUAUGCUUACUAUGGAGGUCUUUAGAUGCCAAUAUUAAAAUCCAAAUCAUUUAUUGAACAUAAAAUGAAAAGACAACAACAGAAGCUUACAAGUCCAAAGUUCUGGUGUAAAAGUUUCAGAGCAAAAUAUUUAUAGCAGGUGAUUUUGAGAAAACAAUUCCAGUAUAUAUUCUAAAAGAACAUUACACAACAUUCACGUUCUUUUAUAGAGUUCUCUGGCUGCCAGAAUCAUUUAUUCAAAUUAAAAUAGAAAAACAAUGCACAUGCAGAGGCUUAGGGGUCAAAGAAACUAAAUAUUAAAAGCAAUUGAACUAAAAAAAAAAAUGUAAUGUCCGCAUCAGACAUAGUUUACAGCUUCUAAUAAAAAUAAUAAAAUCUAAGUUUUUUUUAAUCAAAUUGAAAUUUUGAAAAAUGAGGUGAUAUGUGCUGUCUUAUUUGAAUAAAUGAUUUACUUUUAACGUCGGCAGGCGUAGAUUUCCAUACCACAGCAAUGAAACGUUGCUGUCAUUUUUGACUUUGACACACAGAAACAUGUUUUUCUACACAAUCUUUUUGUUUUCUAUCGAAGCCAAAGUAAACAUCUGAGUUGUGUGUUAAAUGUUGACUAAACACACAACCGUAUAAUCACUUUUUUUGUUGCUUUUUUUAUAUUUUUCAUUUGAGAAAUUUAAUGGAUCUUUAAUCCAGUUUUUGUGUCCUGAUCUAAAUCUGCCGUCGUGAAAGUGAAAUAACAAUGUUGAAAUCGGCCACUGUUUGUCUCGUGUCUCUAAAAAUGACUAUGAAACCAUGAACACUCUUACUUCUAAACAGUACGUCAUUGAGGCUGCUUGGUUCUCCUAAAUCGGUGGCGUUUGGUUUGUUUGGGCUGCUGAGAAUAAAACUUUGGUGCUGACUGAAACAGCAGUUUAUUAAAGGGACACUGUUGUGGAUUUGUUUUUGGUGUGAAAACAAAGCUAAUGGGAUUCAUCAUAGAUAUGCCGUUGUAGCGUCAACAGUUUAACCCAUUUACUGAUUGUGAAAACUGUCGAGGAAGGGAUCUGUUCUGAGGUUUCCAGCCUGAUUGCCGUGACCUCAAAAGGGGUCCUCAAGAUAACGCUGAAGGGUCACAAGAUCACAGCAACAAUCUCCAAACAUAGACAAAACACGCAGCUGUACUAAACAUUCUGUUGGUCAGCGCUGCUACUGAUAUUUAGCUGAUCUGUCUGUGUGUCUCUGACCCAUCCAGGUAAAUAAACCCACCUGGUUUCAGGUAAAUCUGACUUUAGAAACGCCUUAUUUCUCUCUGUCCAGACUCAUUUUUGGUCUCACAGCUGUCUGGUUUUUACAUCUGAUGUCAUCAGAGGCUUCUGCUGGACCGUCUCUGAUUUGCUUAAGACGUUAUCAUAAACUAUGCAUAUUUAAAGUGACAUCUGUGAAAUUUUAUGUUUAGAUCAGUUUUUUCCAAAUACCUGUCUGCCACUUUUCGCAGGUUUUUCACACAUUUCAAUUUCAGGCUGUUUGAACUAAGUCUCGGGGAAUAUUUAGGAGAACCAUUUUGAAACUCUAGAAUUCUUUUCAACCUUGAUUAGACUAUCUACCAAUAUUUUAGUUAUCUUUGCUUUUAUUUUUGUGACCAAGUGUUUCAAUUCAAAAGUAUUCUAUAUAUUUAGUUUUGUGUUAUCGUGACAUGCCGCUACAUACGGUUCAUAAAAUGUUAGUUUUUUUGGUACUGUGCUCAAAGAUGGGAUUUUUCAUGAUGACUUCAGUUUUUUAAAAAUUUCAACUCAUCUAUAAUCACAUUAUUUGAUCUACUUGUCUGAUAUUGCAGAUUCUAUUCAUAUUCAGAAAUAAAAAUGUCAGAAUUUUAUAGUUCCUCAGAUAUUGCUGUUCAAGUAGCCUCAGAUUUCAAUGUGCGGAAAAGAAACUGUUGAAAGUGUGUUGACAGGCAUUUUUUUAAUGUAUAUUUAAAUAUUUCAUAUAUAAAUCUAGAAUUUCACAAAUCUUUCUAAACAUCCGUGUUUUAUGCUAUCAAUUUUUCAGGCAAAUCAGUGAUGGUUGAGCCAAAAUUGUUGUGAAAAAUCUGAUCAUUUGAGUUGUAAUGAACCUCAGCUGAUGGAGACUCGAAGCUUCUUCGUUAAAAAAAAGUCACAUGCACCUAAAUGAAAAAGUUAGUUGCACCAGUGCAACCAGUGUAAACAGCUGCAACUCUGCCACUUUACCAAGUUGUUUUUGUCGUUAACUGGAGUCCGUAAGUCUGAAUAUGUUUAAUUUUAUAUUUAAAAUGGUGUAAAUGAUUUUAGCUCAAUUUCAGUUUUAAUUAACUUUUAUUCAAGAGCCGACGAAACUCCUUUUUUUUCCCGCUGUUUCAGGACUGAGAUUGCCUCCAAUGUCCUGUCUUAGUCUAAGUGAUCAAUAUUUAAUGGAUUCUUGCUUUAUCCAUGUUCGACGUCUGCAUUAAGUUUAAUGAAAAUCUGCCUGGUACUUUUUGUGUAAUCCUGCUGACACACAAACAUAACUGACAUGAAAUCAGAGAGGUUUUUCACCUCCUUAAAGAAAAGUUGCUUAUUUGAUUAUAUACAGGUCAGACAGAAUUCUACUUGAAGUUAAUGAAGUCUGAAGGUUUCUUAACAUCCUGAAACCUUGACUUUGCCCCAUUUUAAGGUUUUCUAGGGGCUAAUAAAAGUACCGUUACACCUCUACUGUAUGGGCUUUGUUUCUGUCACUCAUAUAUUAUGUUUUCACGUUCUCCUUGCACACUGAUUUAUUUAAAUUAAAAGGAACUCUGGUUUCAGUUGUA